GUAAGCUUCGUGUACUUGGUAAAUAUUCGAUUGAGCUCUGUUUAUUUCAAACAGGGGCGUCGGAAAGCACCUGAGUUUAUCCUGUUGCUCGGCUGUAUAGCAUAAAAAUGUCUGCCAUCAGUCUGUUGUGUGAGCUAAUCAAGGCAUCGGAGAAAGCAGCCAGUAUAGCGCGCGUAUGCCGGCAAAAUGAGCGUCUGUUUCACUUACUGGUGCAGGAAAAGGAUGAAAGUGAGUCUAAUUCGCGCUUCGAUCAUGAUUUUAAAACACUAGCUGACUGUCUCAUACAGGAGAUGAUAAAGUACGACAUUGGCAAGCAGUUUCCGCAGUUACGUGAUAACAUUCGCGGCGAAGAAAAUGCCAAGUUCACAAACAAAGCUGGUGAUUCGGUUACGGUAACGGUAACAGAUGAUCAAUUGAAAACUACAAAGACGCUGGAAAAGAUUUUUGCCCCUGACAACGACGUGGUAGUAACCCUAGUGAAUGAAGUGUACCGAGACGUAGAACUCGAUCUAGAGAGCCUCGAAUUGCCAUCCGACUCCAUACCGUUGGAUAAUGAUUGGUCGGAAUUGGGGAUUUGGAUCGAUCCGAUUGAUGCUACAGCUGAGUACAUCAAGGGCGAAGAAAAGCUCACUAAAUUCCCCAAUAUAGCAGCUACUGGUUUAAAGUGUUGUACUGUACUGAUCGGAGUUUACGAAACCUGCCAUGGUACACCCAUCAUUGGUGUAAUUAAUCAACCGUUCGCCGAACAAAACGAUCAACAAACCUCCGAAUAUCGCGGAAAAAUCUACUGGGGCAUGUCGAUGGGCGAUUUAAAAUUCAACAACAUCGCCCCCCAUGAGCCAGAUGCGCGUAUUGCCAUACUUUCACCGUCGGAACAGUCGAAGUAUGUUGAAUUCAUUCGCAAUCAACUUAAGUACGAUGUAAUCUACUCUGCCGGUGCUGGCUACAAAAUUUUAAAGAUCGCUACUGGCGAGGCGGAACUGUUUCUGCUCAGCAAAGGUACAACCUACAAAUGGGACACUUGCGCCCCCCAGGCAAUCCUGCGUUCGAUGAAUGGUGAUCUGUUCAAUCUACAAGAUACACUGAUCAACAAAUCAGUAAAAAAGAUCUCAUAUCAGGAUCGCAAAACUAUCCGCAAUUUGGGAGGCAUCAUUGCUUACCAAAACAUCGGCAAGCUUCGAGAAUUUCUCAAGCUGUAAGAUAAUAUUGAACGGACGUAUACGUAUACACCUAACUAAACGCUUCUCCGUAUCAAUUAAUUCUACCAAAUAUUCUAGCAGAGCAGAAUAGAAUUCGAAUGGCUGUUAUUCGUUGUUGAUAUUUAGAUAUAUUCCUGUUUAGAAGGCUAUCUUAGUAGUGCGUUCCGCUGGCGCCGUUACGCUCACACACGACGCAGACGCAUGGAUAUACAUAAAAACCCAAUGAAGAGUUAAUUAAUCAAUGAUAGAUUGUCUACCUGCCGAGACGGUAUUUUAUUUACACUUCUUGUAGAACUUAUAAAGAAACUGUAUUAAUUAAAACGACGUAAUCUAUUUUCCUGUGCCUGUAACUAGUACCAUUUGAUCAAGGUUUACUUGUACGAAUGAAUUAGUUUCUUAUAUGGACAUUAUUGUCUUUUAUAUAUCGCAUUUUUCUGCAAAGAUUCAUUCUAAAAACAUACAUUCAACUACUACUUAAGGUUGUUUAUUAUGUUUUUUUAUUGUUAUGAAGAAGUAGUGCACUCAAAUCACAUAAGUCUUCAUUUUAUGCUAAUCUAAUUGGUGAAUUAUUUAAAUUAUCAAGCAUGCGGUAUCAAUAAAUUAUCAGUCAAUAAUAAUGUGAAUUACAGAGUAGGCCUAGCAAUAGGAACGAAAUAUAGGAAACGAUACCAAAAAUAGCAUACUAUUCGUGGAUUUGUAUCGUUAUGAAACGAAGAGCAACUGUUUGUAAGGUAGAGCUGUAAAAUAAUCUAGAGUGACAUUUUGACGAUGUUAGAGCGUUUCUCUUGUUUGCAGUAGGCACAUAUUAGACGAAAACUGACUGUAGCAAACCGAUUGUGAAAAGAGUGAAGUUGAAAUUAUUCAUGAGGUAUAAUUUUAUUAGAUUUUGUUUGUUAUAGCUUGGAAAAAUACUGAUGUACACUAGAUGGUCGUAUUGAAAUAGUAACGAAUAUGGUAGAAACCAGACUAUCAUGUUUUGUGCCUGUCUAAAUUCUUCCUAUGGAUAUAUCUAGCAAAUUACAACGUAUUGAAAAUAAACCGAAAAGUUUA